CCCUCUCUCUCUCCUGCUCCACUCAUAUAAUUAUUUGUCCUUCUCUUCAUCUUCCUCCUGGCUAGCCUUCCUAGGGUUGGCCAUGUCUACGUACUGCUCGCAGCUACUCUCCCUCUCUCUGAUCAAAAGAAAGAAAAAAGGAAAGGAAUAAGUAUGGUUGCUAUCAGGCAACCACCUGUACCCACGUGAAGUGUCGCCAUUGAACAGGAUCUGCGUAAGAAUUGUAAUUAUAUAGGGAUUAGAGCUUCAAUUUCCUGUAUAUAUCCCCUCACCACUUUCAUAGUUCCUCGGUUGUUUUUGUGACUUUCUUCUCUCUUUUUCUUUCCAUUUUACUUUUCUAAAUAAAGGAUGAUGAUGAUGAUGAAGCUUUUGUCUCCAAGAAAUACCCAUUUCUAGCCCUAAUUUUCUCCUAUUCUUCUGCCUGCUUUGAGAAGUAGAGAACACACAACACCCUGCUGUGGCCCAAAUACCCCUUGUACUGCUGCUACCGUGUGAACCAUGUAUUCUCCAAACAGCAGUUUCAAUCCUUUUCAGUGCACUCAAAACCAGAUUAUCAUAACAAGCUCGACACAAGAAGACCACUCUUCAUCUUUUUUACACUUUCCUUCACAUUUUCUAGAUCAAGGUGAUUUGCUUCUAAGCGACUUCUCAAGUCAUCAUCAUCAUCAACAACAACCAAUUCUGGUGUCCAAUACUAAUUUGGACGCAGAGACAAUUCAGGAGAUGAACCCUGCUGCUAGUUCGAAGAAGGCAACUAGAAGCAAUAACAAGAAAAAUAGAAGCAACAUGAAUGGUACAAAGCAGCCGAUUCCAAGAAAGAGAACUGGGAAAAAGGACCGGCACAGCAAGAUCCAUACCGCUCAAGGGCCAAGAGACCGGAGGAUGAGGUUAUCCCUUCAAAUUGCUCGAAAGUUCUUUGAUCUCCAAGACAUGCUAGGCUUUGAUAAAGCAAGCAAAACCAUAGACUGGUUGUUUACAAAAUCAAAGGCUGCAAUCAAAGAACUCACAGACAGUCUCCCAAGACCUAGAGUGAAGAGAACUAGUAGUGGUGGUAGCCAGAGUCUUUCUGCUACUUCAGAGAGUGAAGAUAUGUCAUCAAGUAUCAAGCUGACGCCUGAUAAUGGAGACAAGAGAGAGAUGGUAGCAGAGGAUGACUCAUUUGUAAGCAUACCUAGACAGAAAAGAAGCAAAAAAUCAAAUAAACUAUCCUUAAUUAAUCCUCUUGCUAGAGAGUCCAGGGACAAGGCAAGAGCAAGAGCUAGGGAGAGAACAAAAGAGAAACAGAAGAUCCAAGGCCUUGAGAAGUCCAAACACUAUUCUCAAGCAAACCCUAACAAUUUGGAGCAGUUAGGGCCUGCUAGCUCUCUCGAAAAUGGUGAAAACUUGGGUUUUGGAAGCCAAGAAAUGAAGUCUCCUUCAAAGAUGGCUGGUGAAGAAGAUCAAGAAGAACCUGGGACUUAUUUGCUGCAACAUCAAAUGAAUUCUGUAAGCAUCAUUGACAAAUUUUUGGGGCUUACAAGCGCACCAAAAUCUUCUUUGAUUUUCGAUCUUUCUCACAACGUUGUGGUUCCAAGUGGCAGCGGAGCUGAUUUCGAGGAUGAGUUUUCAGGGUUUCCUGGAAAUUGGGACAUUAGCGAUGCAAGAGUCCAGAAUAGACGCUGUGCAAUGCCAAGCAUGAAGCUAUCAAGAGGUAAUGUCAAUGUACAAAACCCUAAUGCAAUUUUUAUGGCCACCCCAAUUGCACAAGAAUACAAGCCUAGUUCAAAUUUCAUCACGAUCUCAAACGCCCAAGAACAAAACCUUAAUUCGCUUUUCAUACCCCCUUUAAACACCCAUGAAGAAAACCCUAGUUCACUUUUCAUCAACUUCUCAAAUUCCAACGAGCGAAACCCUAGUCCAACUCCCAUGACCCCCAUGGACACUGAAGGUUUGCAUUCUCGCUUCAGGCAAGACCAACUCUCCUGCAAUCCUAAUGCUGCCAAUAAUUACAGCAGCUUAUAUUAAAGAGCCUAAACUCUUUCUUAUGUGCUUGAGCAACCAAAAAAAGAAAAAAAAAAAAAGGGAAAUUGUUCCCUCGUCUUUAACUCCUCUACAGUACUGAAGCCUUUGCCAAAUGUGGAAUGGAAAUAAUUAUUUCUGUCUUUCCUGCAAUGAUUUUUCAA